AUGGCAUGUCGUGCUUCAAGGUGGAGACAGGUCUUGCUUUCCAAGGAGAUUCAAGAGCACGGCCGAUGGCAUCUGGCAACAUGUCUGGUGUGCGAAGUGGCUUCUGUCACGUUAAAUGCCAUUAUCGUGACAGCUCUCAUCAACUCGUGCGCCAGGAAGAGCUAUUGGGAGUGGUCUGCGUGCCUCCUCGAUGGCGUGCGCCUAUGGAGUCUUCAGGCCGAUGUCGUCCUCCACAAUGCCGUCUUGCGGUCAUUCUGCGGAAAGGCGCUCUGGGCACAGACUAUGGUUGAUCUGGAGCUGAUGGGGCAGCGGGCCUUGCUGCUUGAUGCCUACAGUGCCAGUGCUUCUAUGAAAGCCUGCGAAUCAGGGGGCUGGCGCGUCGCAGCCGCACAGCUUCAGUCAUUCCUGCAGCUACAGCUUGAAGCCACAGCUGUGAACUCCAAUAUACUGGUGGCUGCAUUUGAGGCGGUGGCCAAAUGGCAGCAACCACUGUCAAUUCUCGGCAGCAUGUACUUCUCCAGCCUUCAGAGGACGGUGCCCUGCCAGAUUGCCGCUUCAGCUGCAAGAGAUAGCUCUUCGCGGCAGAGCCUGGAAGCUAACUUGGUGGCAUGCAAUGCAGCUGCCAGUGCCUGUGAGAAGCCAGGCCAGUGGAGACAAGCUGCUGGCAUGCUCGUGGCGAUGCGAGUCAGCUCCCUCGAGGAAGAUUGCAUAUCUUGCAAUGCAGUUAUCAGCUCGUUGGAAAAGGGCGGCCUGUGGACGCAAGCCUUGGAAAUGCUUGAUUCGAGGUUCCGGCGAAUGGAAACGUCCGUCGUGACGUACAGCGCGGUGAUCAGCACCUGCGAGACGGCCGGGCGCUGGCGUGAGGCCCUUCACAUGCUUGGCCUCCCCGACUCCAGAGUGGAGCCCAACUGCUACACUUACAACUCAGCGAUCAGUGCUUUUGAAAAGGCACAUUCCUGGGCUCACGCGGUGUGGCUUCUCAGUGAGAUGAAGAUGAGAUCAUUACAGCUCGACCUGAUCUCGUAUAAUGCUGCCCUUAGCACGUGCUCGGUGAGUUCCAAGUGGACCCUGGCCUUGUCGCUGAUGUCGGAGAUGAGCGGAUACAACUUGAAGAUGGACGUUAUCACCUAUGAAACCGCCCUGGCAGGGCUGGAGAAAGGGCCUCCGCUCAUCUCUGCUGGGCUCUGCUGGGCGGACGUCCUCCGCCGAGUUCUGCAAGCGACGCAAGACAUUCAGGCCUGCGGCCGACUGCUGGAACCCUCCGGCUCCCAGGGCCGGAUCACUCCGCAUCUCUCUCCCAAGGCGAGUAUGGCCAGCAUGCAGGAUCUGCAGGAGGCACUCCGCCCAAAGAGGAAUGAGUCCAACGUUGAGGAGCUGCUCCGAGAAUGGGACACUCUCAAGAGAGUUAAUUCCCAGUCGCAGAACAUGGCGCCGGCGGUUCUGCUAAGCGAGAAGGAGCGGAUGGCUUUUGAGAGCGCCAUGGACGAUGCAGAGAUGAUGGCGCUGAAGCAUGCAGAAAUUAGUGGCUGGUUUUUCGACCGUCGCACAGGCUGCCGCUGGUCAGCUGCGAGCGUGGCAGAAAUCUGCCGUGGAAAUCUUGCCGAAUGGAUGGCGUGGGCCUUUUUCCAUUGCACACCGGACGAGGUGCCCGAAAGUAGGUGGCCAGAACUUGUCCAGCUAGUAGAUGAAGGUGCUGUUUGGGCUGGCGUUGAGUUCCCCGAGGGGUACAACCCGCACGUGCAGGCCAUGCGCUUGACGAUGGAUCCCAUCCCAUCCGAGCAUCGCCCGAUGUUGUACUACAUUGUGACGGCCCUCGCACUUCCGGUCGUGACUUACUACAACCUUGAGAGCUUGGGUUUUCGGAAGUACAAGAGUGGUACGCUUCAGUACUGGCUUCGUCGUGGCAGGGGCAAGAGCGCAGAGCCCCCUAUCGUCUUUUGCCACGGGGUGGGGGUCAACUUGCUGCCAUACGAGCACUUCAUCACGGAGCUGUUGAGGCAAGUGCCGAAGGGCAAGAGUAUCUUCCUGGUAUCCUUGCCGCACAUCUCGAUGCGAAUCAACGAGGAUGUGCCUUCCAGUGCAGAGAUGGUCGCCUGCCUCCGGGACAUGCUCGCCAGCUGGGAAUUCGAUUCGGCUCACUUCGUCGGCCAUUCCUUCGGUUCCAUCGUGGUGGCCUGGAUGUGCAAGAAUUCCAAGGAGACGGUCAAAGUUGCAACUUUCUUGGAUCCAGUCUGCUUCCUUCUCAUCAAGCCAGAUGUUUGCUACAACUUCAUGUACAGGCGGCCGGAAACGCCAACGCAGCUGCUGAUGCACUACUUUGUUGCUCGCGAGCUCUUCAUCGCGCAUAGUCUCUCCAGGAAUUUCUUCUGGUAUCAGAACUUGCUGUGGCCUGAGGAGCUGGUGAUGCCCACGCUGGUGAUGCUGUCCGGCGAGGACUCCAUUGUUCCAGCGCAUUCUGUACGUCGCUAUCUGACCGGCUGGAUACAGCAGCAAAGCGCGGACAGCCUGAGGCUGCUUUGGUUUCCAAACUUGGGGCAUGGGGAGAUGAACUUUGGCCCUGUAGGGCUUGCCGCUGUCAAGCGCAUUGUGGCGGAGAUGAUGGCCCUGGAGACCAAGCUUCAACUAGGGCGCCGCAGGUAG